UGUAUCUCUUAACAGCAGCACGUCGAUAAACGAAACUUUGUCCGAUAAUUCUUCCGGUAGAGAUUUCGCGAGAGUGUUUACGCUGAAUUAACAUAUUGGCCGAGCACGAAUUUUCACCGGUCAUUCCCGCCAGUCGAGUAUUUCGUAUAAAUAAAGAUGUAGCACGGAAAUAAAGCCUGUGUGAAAGUGCCCGCGGCCUCAGUAGCGAGUGAGCAAUAGAAUUAAAUUGAUUUCAACGUCUUGUCGUCUAGUGUCUUACGAGUAGCCAUGGUGAGGAGUUCAACCAUCAUCCGUAACGCAGGGAUCUUAUUAUGUCUGAUUGCCGUGACCCUAGCCGCCAAUAUUCUUGCGGACAACCAGGAUUUCAAUCAACAGUCCCAUCCUCUGGUCACGGAAGGUUUGAAGCUGGUGAAUUCAACUGAUGCUAAUCCGAACAACCAGCAAACUGACAAGGGAAUCUGGGAAUGGGUUACUUCGAUUUUCAACAAACCCAGUCAAAGUCCAAUCCCAAGUGCUCCCCCAGUCGUUGAGCCAGUUACACCACCGGAAAAUUGUCCAGCUUGCAAGUGCGGAUUGACGAAUCAACAUAACAGGAUCGUCGGUGGAAUGGAAACACAGGAGAACCAGUAUCCGUGGAUGGUGGCGCUUUUUUACGACGGAAGAUUUUAUUGCGCGGCAUCAUGCAUCAACUCUCACUACCUCUUAACCGCAGCUCACUGUGUCCAAGGAUUCGAUAUAGCUCGAUUGAGUGCGCAGAUUCUCGUACACGAUAUAAAGUCUUCCCUAUCUCAGGGUAAAAUCAAACAGUACAAAGUGAAACAGAUAAUCAAGCAUACCGGUUACUCCCCCUUCAACUACAACAACGAUAUUGCUUUACUGAAAUUAGACGGCACCAUCACCUUUGACGACUCUGUGAGACCAGUUUGCUUACCGGAGUUGCACAAGACGUUUAGCGGAGAAAAGGGGAUCGUUACCGGAUGGGGGGCGACGGCGGAAUCCGGACCGCUAGCCCAUAAGCUUCAGGAGUUGAUGGUGCCGAUCCUGAGCAACAUUGAGUGCAGGGCCUCUAAGUACCCUUCGCGGCGAAUAACAGACAACAUGUUGUGCGCCGGAUACCCAGAAGGAGGCAAAGACUCAUGCCAGGGUGACAGUGGAGGUCCUCUCCACGUGGCCGUCGAUUCGGUUCACAGCGUCGUCGGAAUUGUCUCCUGGGGCGAGGGAUGUGCCCAGAAAAAUUUCCCUGGAGUUUAUACGAGGGUAAAUCGUUACGUAACUUGGAUACGACGCAACACUCUGGAUGCUUGCUACUGCAAGUCACCACGUAUGUAGUCCACGCAAAUUUGCCGGUGCUGCUAAUAUUGGCUCUUCAACUCAGUUUCAGUAUUAUUCGAGAUGCCUGUAGGAUUUGCUCAUGUUAACAGCACACAAAAUCGAUGGAAAUGCAACGCAACUCUCAUUCGAUACCUCAUAACAUUGAGUUUAAUUUUAAACGUUGAGAGAAUCAAAGGAAAAGCGCUACAGCCGUUAUACCUACUGUGCACUUGAAAAUCGCGAAAAGUAUAUCCUUUUCAAGACUUCAUUGGUUCGUUCGUUACUCUUGCUUGUUUUUUUUUCAUUUC